GAAUUCGACAAAUUAAUACCAACAAGGAGUAUGCGCCAUCAUCUUUAAUUAAUUGCAUAAAAUUGCUUAGUGUGUAUAUUUUAAAACAUCCUAGAGGCAACAAGAUUUUUAAUAUAUCGAAUAGAAAAGAAUUUUCUCAUUUAUGGGAGGUGUUUAAUAGGAAAAUGAAGAAGCUUAAAAAGGAUGGAAUCAUAUCACACCAUCAUGAUAUUCUCACGGAAACAGAAUUAAGAACUAUAUUUCAGCAUAAUUUAGUAUCAAGUAAUACACCACAAGGCUUGCAAUACCGGGUUUUUAUGUGGUGUUGCUUGCUAUUUCAACCCCGUGGUGGUGAACACUACAAUUUAUCAAUUUCACAAUUUGUAUUUACUUCUAAUGGUAGUAUUUAUUUUAUGAAAUACUCUCAAAAAAACGAUCAAGAUGGAAAAGGUGUUCCCAUGGAUACUACCAUGUCCAUUACUGGACAUAAAACAUUAUCAUUACUAAUUGAUAGUGUUGGAACUUUACCUUCUAAUUCUCAAGAAGAAUCAAUUAAUAUGAAUAUCAGUUUUUCUCAAAAUAACAGUUUGCAAAGUGAAGGUGAAAUUGAAACGGAUGCUAUCCCUACUAAGCGCAAGAAUUCUUUUGAACCCAUGUCUCUAAUCAGUCCCACAUUAAUGAAACCAUUUCGUCAACCCUUGCAAACAAGUUCUAUCCAAUGCAUCGAUAGUACUUCUUAUGAAGCUGGUGCUUCGGGCACUACUGUCGUGAAGAAUUACUACAUUAACGCACAAACUGUCAACAUUAGUUAA